AUUAAAUUUUUUAUUAUUUUCUAUUAUAGCAAAAUGAUUAGUAGGUUAGAAAAAGAAUAUAUACGUGGAUGUCGUAUUAUUGCCAGAAUAGGUUUUGUAAGCUUGUUUGGUGCACAAACAAUACCACACCUUUUUCCAAAUAGAUUUUUUCAUUCUUCAAAAUCUUUUAUUCAGGAAGAAGUUAAAGAUAAACAUUCUAAUUUGCUGCAAGAAACAUGUCAAAAAAUGGGUAUUGACUCAGAAAGGGUGAAACUUCAUUAUGUUUCUGGUUUUAGUACUGUUAGUGCAGGUUGUUUCUAUUUUUAUGGUAAUGCUAUCAUAGGUCUAUCUCGAACAUGCAAUAUCAGUAAUGAAUCAGAAGUACAAAAACUUAUUUUGUUUAAUAAUAGACCCAUUGAUUCCAAAAUUUGUGCUGAACUUUUCAAAACUAUUUCAUUAGAAGAUCAAGAACUGAAAUUUUUAUUAGGACAUGAACUUGCUCAUAUUAAAAACCAACAUUUUUCUGCAUUUGUUUUACACAGUUCUGGAUUGUUAUAUACAUUUUAUAAACUUGGUUUUUUUUUUUCUUCAUGUUUAAAAAACUUGUCAUUUUUUCACAGGGUGUUUAUAAAUCUAUUGGUUUGGUCUUUAGGUGUAUUUAUUUAUAAAACAACACAUAAGUAUUUGUCGUAUUAUUUUGAGUUUGAAGCUGACAAAAUUUCUUCAUAUUUAGGGAAGGAAUAUUGUGAUGGUGGAAUAAGCUACUCAAAAAAAAGGCUACAGAUGAAUUUGAUUUUACGUAAAUUAAAUGGCCUUGAAGGAGAUAAGCUAUAUACAGACAUUGGAGAUACUAUACAUGAUAUAACGCAUCCAAAGAGAUCAGAACGAUUAAAAAGAAUGGAAAUUAUCAGAGAUGAAUUAUAUUGACCUUUG